CAAUCCACUCCCAUGGCCAGCCAAGGUUUUACAAAUGUGGACGCUGGUGGGCACGAUGAAACCAUUGGAAAAUCUCACUCAAUCUCCGGCUCAUUUCGUGGAGUGCUGGAGUGGGUCAAAUCACACUUCGAUCGAUCGUUGUUGAUCAUUCAAUUGUUCUAUUUUUUCUUCUUUGCCGCAUUCGGAUCACUGUUUCCGCUGAUCUCAAUCUACUUCAAACAACUCGGAUUGAGUGCGAUUCAAUGCGGGAUUCUUGGCGGGAUACGUUCGUUUGUCGAGUGCUUGGCAACUCCGUUCUGGAAUGCACUGGCUGAGAAGUGGAAAAAAGCAAAAACCUUCCUGAUCGCUAGUUUGGUUUGUUCCAUGUCAUUCACGCUAGGUUUGGGUUUUGUUCGACCCUCACCUGAAGGUUGUUUGGUUCAACUGCCAUACUACUAUUCGGAGUACGGUGAAAAUCAGACAUGGUUGGAAGAGACCGGUGGUCUUGCACUGAGUAUUGUUGGCCCAUAUCGAGCAUCAAAAUACGACGAUUUAAAAUCAGUGGACAUGACAAGAAAUUUAGCUUUGAACAUCAAAAACAAAAUUGGUCAAACUCCGUUGUAUUUGAAUACGAAACUACUGGUAGAUCCACCCAAACCACGAAAAUCGGAACGUCUCAGNGCGUUUGUUCAAUUCCGCUCCGGCCUAUCACGAUCCGCUAUCCCACUGGUCGAUGCUCUUGUCGCGGACAAGAUCCAUGUUCAACCCAGUUCACUGCACGGACAACAGCGCACAUUCGGUUCGAUCGGUUGGAGUUUGGCCAUGUUCUGUAUCGGUUUGGCUUUGGACAAUGCCAGUGUGUUUCCCGAUUACCCGUGCUUGCAACCGGGUUAUCGUGAGCGGAACUAUAUGGUGUGUUUUGCCACCUAUUCUGUAUUUAUGGCAUUCGCGCUGUUCACCGCCACCCAACUGCAUUUCACAUACGAAGGGGAUCAAGAGAGUAUGUAUUUCAAACUAGUCAAAGAUAAAAUGGCGAAAACACUGCUUGGCCGAACCACCAAGAAUCGAUCAAAGCUGGUGAAUGAAGAGGAUCCGACCGAGGAACAAUCGUGGGUACCUCCAGAUCAGUCAGUCGGUGCAACAGGUGCUCAGAAAACACCAUCCAACGAGGAGAUUUUGGAGCGCCAGUUAGGUAUCAAGAUUGGUACGAAUGGAACGGGACAGAAAACGGCUCCGCUGACGGAACAUAAUCCAGCUUUGAAUGUGCCAGAAGAAAGUUAUAUGGCUUUUGCUCAACUAAAGUUUACACGAUGGGCCAAAGCAAUGCGACAGUUUUGCAAACCUCAACUCCUGGCUUUCUUAUUCGUCACGUGGUUCAUGGGAUUGGGUGUUGGUCAAGUAUUCACAUUCCUGUUCUGGCACAUGCAAGAACUGAACGGCACGCCCACACUGUUUGGGAUUGCCACAGUAAUCAAUCACAUUUCCGAGAUUGUGAUGUUCUAUUUUAGCACACAAAUCAUCGAAAAGAUUGGUCAUUUGAAAGUGCUAUAUUUGGGUCUGAUUGGUAACGUGGCUAGAUUCCUCUACGUGUCCUGGAUCACCAAUCCGUGGUGGAUACUGCCAUUCGAGUUCCUACAAGGUUUCACUCAUGCAAUGGUCUGGGUAGCAUGUUGUUCAUACAUCACCCAAGCAUUCUCGCCAGAACUACGCUCGACCACACAAGGUUUCUUGAAAGCUGUUCACUACGGCCUCGGUCGUGGUCUUGGUGCGUGCUUUGGCGGGCUGGUGAUUUCCAGCUACGGCAGCGCAACUAUGUUUCGUUCAUAUGGAGCAGCUUCAGCAGUGGUCUUGCUCGGAUUCCUCGUCCUGAACUAUGUGCUACCAAUCCCCGCUGCCGCGACAGACAAAGAUUCCGCGGAAGCAGCAACAGAUGGUCUAGACCCCACGGCAGUUGCCUCAUACGGUCAGCCGACCGAUCUCUCUGCUCCAGGUUCAGGAACCUUCGGUGGUUCGUAUAUGACGGGGCAAGACGUAACACAUGAGUACUACACUCAGCAAUAUCAACCACAGAGACAAACGGCAACCGAUACGAGGCCGUAUUAG